AUGGCAGCAGCAACUAUUUCUAUUGAACAAGACCAAUUUUGUUGUCCAGUUUGCCUGGAGGUUUUGAGAGACCCGGUGACGAUCCCCUGUGGACAUACUUACUGUUUGGACUGUAUAGAAGACUACUGGAACCGGACCAAGCAGAAAGACCAGUACAGCUGCCCUCAGUGCAGGCAGGUGUUUAAUCCCAGACCACUGCUGAGUAGAAACACAGUUUUGGGUGAAGUAUUGGAAAAGCUUCAGCGAACUGGAUUUCAAGCUGCAGCUCAGCACUUGGCGAAACCUGAGGAAGUGAAAUGCAGUGCUUGUACGGGGAGAAAGAGCAAAGCUGUCAAAUCCUGUCUUGUGUGCUUGGAGUCUUACUGUGUGGCUCACUUAAGAGUCCACGAAGAACGCUUUCAUGGAAAGGUCCAUAAACUGAUCCCAGCUUCAGAUCAGCUUAGAGAGAAGCUGUGUCCAGAGCACAACAAAUUAAUGAGGCUGUACUGUCGCACUGACCAGCAGUGUGUGUGCUAUCAAUGUGUGAAAGAGACACACAAGGGCCAUGACGCAGUCUCAGUGGCAGAUGAGAGGACAACACAACAGAAAAAACUCCAAGAAACCUCUUUGAAGUCUGUGCAGAAAUUGAAGGACGUUCAAAAGGAACUUAGAUAUAUUAUCAGAUACAUCAAGCACUCCACAGAUGCAGCAGUGGAGGAGAGUGAGAGGGUUUUCUCCAGGCUGAUUCGCUCCAUAGAGAAACAAAGCUGUGAGGUGAAGGAGCUGAUCCAAGUCCAGAAGAGAGCGGCUGUCAGUCAGGCUGAGGAGCUGCUGGAGAAGACGCAGAGGGAGAUAGCUGCACUGAGGAGGACUGAUGCUGAGCUGGAGAAGCUGUGUCGUACUGAGGAUCACAUCCAUUUCCUUCAGAACAAGUCUCUUCAUUUCCCUGCAAAAGCUGUGGAGAUGCCCAGCACUGAUGCACUUCAAUAUUUAAUGUACAAAACCAUGAGAGGUUCCCUGGCUGAUCUGAAGGACAGUCUGGAUGAAACACUCGAAAGAGAAUUCAACAGAAUCUCUGAAAAGGUCAUUUCACUGAAGGAAACCAGCAAUCAAAGUAAAAAAGACUCUGAAAAGACCAAAGCAAAAGAUGCCAACACACCAUACAACUUAGAACCAAAGACAAGAGCUGAUUUCCUACAAUAUUACAAUGAUAUAACCCUGGAUCCAAACACAGCCAACCCUUAUUUAUGCUUCUGUGAUGGUCGGAGAGCUGUUACCACACGUUUAGAGCCACAGCUAUUCCCAGAACACCCGGAUCGUUUCACCAGCUGGGCCCAGGUACUGUGCAGAGCUGGGAUGGCCGGGCGCUGCUACUGGGAGGUAGAAUGGACUGGAAACGGAGGGGUUUCCAUUGGUGUCUGCUACAAAAACAUGAGCAGAAGUGGAGGAGGGAGUGACAGCAAGCUGGGACACAACUCCAAAUCCUGGAGCCUGGACUGCUCUCACUCAGUUUGCUCAUUUCAGCACAAUAAAGAGAGUGUGACCAUCGCAUCUCCCUGCUGCAGCAGGAUAGGAGUGUAUCUGGACCUAAGGGGUGGGACUUUGUCUUUCUACAAUGUUGCUGAUACAAUGGUUUUACUUCAUAAAGUUAAGACUACAUUCACCCAACCUGUAUACCCAGGAUUUUGGGUGGGAUUAGGUUCUACUUUGAAGCUAUGUUAAACUAACUGUACUCA